GUCCAAAUCGCGCGUUGACAUCUUGGUCCCGUUGCAUCCAUUCUCGCUUUGACACUCUCUCUCUCUCUCUCUGUGCAUCCAUGGCGUCCGGCACCCGCCGCCGGAAUCUCCUCGUCGCGCUGCUCGUGCUUAUCGUGUCGCCGGGGAAUCGGUUCGCGGCGGCGUCGCCGGAGGAUCACCGCUACAAUGUGGGAGAUCCCGUCCCUCUGUUCGCCAACCGAGUGGGCCCGCUCCGCAACCCCAGUGAGACCUACGAAUACCAUGACUUCCCAUUUUGCCGCCCAGACCCACUGAUCUGGAAGAAGGGAUCUCUUGGGGAAGUUUUGAAUGGCGACCGCUUAACCAAUUCCUUGUACAAUUUGAAAUUUCGGGAGGUUAAGGAUGGGGAGAUUCUGUGCGAGAAAAAACUAAAAAUUAGUGAUGUUGCAAGAUUAAGGAAUGCUGUAAAUGAAGAUUUUUACUUCCAGAUGUACUAUGAUGAUCUUCCAAUGUGGGGGUUCAUUGGGAAAGUGGAAAAUAGUAGCUGGAGUCCAGUCGAAAAGGGACCUAGAUAUUAUUUGUUCAAGCAUGUGCAAUUUGAUGCCUUUUACAAUGGCAACCAAAUUAUAGAAAUAAAUGCUUUCAGUGACCCAAAUCAUGUUGUCGAUAUAACUGAUGAUGUUGAGGUCAAUGUAAAGUUUACUUAUUCAGCUUUCUGGAGUCCAACCGCAAUUGGUUUUGAGGAAAGAAUGAGCAAAUAUUCAAGGGCUGCAUUACUGCCAGUCCACCGCCGGAUACAUUGGUUCUCACUCAUCAACUCUACCGUCAUCUUGAUUCUUUUGAUGGGUUUGUUGACACUUAUUUUCAUGAGGCGCUUAAGAAAUGACCUAAGGCAAUACUCUGCUGGAGACGAAGAAGAAGAAAGUGGUGUUUCCAGGACAUAUGUUUGUGGCGAAUUAUUCAGGCCUCCAUCACAUUUUCCCCUGUUUUGCGCAGUCUUAGGCUCAGGAAUGCAGUUAUUGACUAUGGUUUGCUUUUUAUCUCUCCUAGCAUUCCUCGGUGUCCUCUAUCCAUACAGCCGUGGAUCCCUAUGCACUGCUUUGGUUCUGAGUUAUAUUCUCACAUCUGUGGUUGGUGGAUUUACCGCAACUUCUAUUCAAAGUCAAUUUGCUGAAACUGGAUCGGGGUGGACCAUUCCCCUUACUGGGAUAGUUUACUUGGGCCCAGUACUUGCAAUAGGUUUUGUCCUUAAUACAAUUUCCAUGGCUUAUGGAGCCACAGCUGCACUUCCAGUUGGCACCAUUUUCAUAAUCACCUUCAUUUUUGUGCCAAUUACUGUUCUGUUGCUUUCCUUUGGCGGGGUAAUACGAUGCUUUUUCAGGACAGAAGUUCGUGCACCUUCCAUGAUAAGGAAAAGUUUGAGAGAGAUUCCACCACUAGCUUGGUACAAAAAUUUGCCAUGUCAAAUGAUUCUAGGAGGUCUCUUAUCAUUUAGUUCUGUUGUUCUGGAGUUAUACGAGCUGUACUCGACCCUUUGGGGUUUCAAGAUCAGUGUUCUUCCAGGCACUUUGUUUGUGACAUUGGUCAUCCUCACCAUAGUGACAGCUGUUCUUAGUGUUGUUCUGACACACAUCCAGCUUUCAUCUGAAGACCAUGAUUGGUGGUGGAGGUGCGUGUUUCGUGGGGGCUCAGUGGCCAUAUUUAUGUUCGCCUAUUGCAUGUACUUCUACGCAAGGUCAAACAUGAGUGGCUUCUUGCAGCUAUCGAUUUUCUUGGGCUAUAGUACUUUACUGUGUUAUGCAAUUUUUCUCAUACUCGGUGCAGUCGGUUUCAUGGCUUCACUAAUGUUCAUCUGCCGUAAUUAUGAAGCUGUGAAGAGUGAAUGAAUCAUUGCUUCAAUGUGUACUAUAUGAGUUGCCCGUGCUUGUCACUUCUUGGAAAUUACUGAGAUCACGAAGCCCAGAACGCUGGAAGCUACACAGAGAAGGCGUUUCUUGCAUCCUUCCUUCGUGGAUGAUUGACCAAAAAGGUAGUUGAUGUUGCUGAUCUGAGAGUGUCACAGCUGAGAACGUCAGGCAAAAACAGUGAAGUUGUUCUCAGCAUAAGAAAAAAUCAAGAUGAUGAAGAGCAUAGAGAUGAAUCGUAGGUGGAACGGUAUAUGUUCUUGGGUGAUUUACUCAGCUAUUUCUGGCAAAAUAUUAGUUAAUGUCAUGCUUUCUUGGCUGGUAAUGAAGUGAUGUUUUUCGCCUGA